AUGGUUGUGGAGAACUGCCCCUUUCUUGCCGACCUAAUUGUACGCUUUCCGGACUCUACACGUGAGGUCCUCGCGCCACAGAGGUCACAACACAAUGAACUCAUUACCUGGGCCUUUGAGUUUGCGCGUCAGUCUAAAUUUCCCUCGGAAAUCGAUUUGAAGUUGCUCACACUUGCAGAACAGGAACUCAAUCUCAUUCCUCGACCGAAAAACUAUCGCAAUCCCUUUUCGGAUGCCACGAAACACCAACAACUUGCCGAGUUACGUGAGUUGGAGAGGCGUCAGGAAAAACAGGAAUUGCGCAAGAAACUGCGGAGACCGAGACUAACACCGCGGGAAGACCUAUAA